GAGACAGGAAUUAAGCCGACCAAACUCCUCAGCGUGCCACUACUCUCCUUCCCUUUGAGGCAGCAGCAAGAAAACUUCAUCUCUUUCUUCUUUUUUUUUUUUUUUUUUCCCCCUUUCCCUUCCCUUCCCCUCCCUCGAGCUGCGGAGCCACAAGCCGGGCAUGACUAACCCCUGCAAAGCCUUCCCCAGUGGCUCCCUCUCCUCCUGGGAGGUGUCAGGGAAGAUGAGCAGAGGCAAAGCAGCCGGCACCUCAUCCCCGGACCUUCUGGGCCACCGCAGUCCCAGCGAGGUGGCCAGCAAUGGCUACAGCUCGCUCAGCCUCCACGGGGACGGGGGAUACCGCUGCUCCUCUUACCCUUCCUUGGCCAUCGACGGGAGACUCCUGGCCCCCAUACACCUCGAUAUUGACCCCGAAUUCCAAGCUGUGCGGCAGCAGGAGAAGGAGGACAUCAAGCUGCUCAACAACCAGUUCGUCACCCUCAUCGAGAAGGUCCAGUCCUUGGAGCAACAGAACAAGGUCCUGACGACGAGGUGGAACUUCCUGAAGGAUCAAGACAAUUCCCAUUCCGAGUCGGACAUCAAGGACAUCUACGACCAGUACAUGAGCAAAAUGAACCAAGAGAUGAAGGAGCUCAACUACGAGCAGGAGAAUCUUGAGCUGGAGCUGACAAAGGUCCUGAGCAACAUGGAUAACUUUCGAAGCAAAUACGAGGAUGAAAUUCGCCUCUGUAGCGGCAUGGAAUACACCUUCAUGGAGCUCAAAAAGGAUUUAGAUGUGAGCACCUUGCACAGAACUGAGCUGGAGGUAAAACUCAACGGGCUCCAAGAGCUGAUGGAGUUGAAGAAAACCAUUUAUGAGCAGGAACUCGAGGAGCUGCUGACAGAAAUUAAGGACAUUUCUGUUGUGCUGGGAAUUGACAACGUCUGCAAACUGGAUCUGAGCAGAAUCGUGGAAGAAGUGAGGGCCCAGUAUGAAGCCCUGGCGCUUCGGAGCUGGGAGGAGGCUGAAGCACUUACCAGGAGAAAGCUGAGUGAAGGUAACACCCAGUCAGGCACCUACGGGGGUCACCUCCUGGACAGCCGCCGGGAGAUCGCAGACCUGAACAUCCAGAUCCAGAAGUUGAGGUCCUGCAUCGUGUCCCAAAAGAGCCAGUGCCUGUACUUGGAGGAGCACAUCAAAGAAGCAGGAGAACAUGGCGAAACAGCCCUCAAGGAUGCCAAAGCCAAAUUAAUCAAGCUAGAAGAAGCCCUACAGAAGAGCAAGGAGGAUAUGGCUCACCUGGUGAAAGAGUAUCAGGAGCUGAUGAACAUCAAGCUGGCUCUGGAUGUGGAGAUCCUCACUUAUAGGAAGCUGAUGGAAGGGGAGGAGAACAGCAUGGAGCAACCAAUACCCACAGUCAUCAGCACCGUCCACUCCAAGCCAAAGCACCUUUCUGCCAGCACCUUGAGAAACUCCAAGCUCUUUGCAAGAGGAGCAGGCAGCACCGAUGGUGAGAAGAAGCCCAACGGCAGCAGUGCAAAGAUGCCACCCUCUAGAAGCCACAGCGACACCUCAGUGCCACCUGAAGAUGCCUCCCUCAGCAGUGCCCGGCCAAAGCUCAGUCCCCUGCCCACCGAGGAGCGCUUGGAGAAACUGAGCCCCACGGCAUAAACACGAGACCCGUUGGCAUCUGGAGCCAAACGAGGCCAAAGCACUUUCUCCUCAACUCAAACCAAUGUCCGAGGGACAAAGGAUGAGGAUCCACUCCAGGCUGUCUCUUAUGUCUUUACAACACCCCAGUUAACAUCUCUUAUUACCAGUUACCAGCAGAAUCCAACCCAGGACUGUAGAGGCUCUCCCAUUCACAUACCCACACCAUCAUCUUCCUCUCUAGGUCUGUUUCCCCAGAGGAUUUGCAUUCAUGUCCCAUGAGAUCUACAUGUAGGGAACGUGGCAGGAGGGGCAAGUAUUUAUUACCCGAGCUUUUAUUGUCGCAGCCAGAAGGCACCAUCAGCCCAGGCAUUUUACCAGUAUUACAGAGUCAUUCCCUGCCCUGUCCCUGCUCCGAGCGUGCCUGGGACAUGUCCUCUGAUGUGGCUUUCCAAGGAAGGUGGCAUCGAGCUUCCCCAACGGACGCCGGGGGGGUGGGGAAGAUGCAGGUAAACAACCUGUGCUGGGUGGAUUUGCAUAUCUGGUGACAAACUGGGGGAUUCUUGCCCACUUCAGAGUAUUUAACUGAUUUUACUGCCUUUCAGGUGGCCCCUCACACCACCAAAGCUAAACCCCCUUAAAACUUUCAUUCUCACAAGCCACCUCUCUAGCAGAGAGCACCCCAGAACCCCCCCCAGAGUGGUGUUAGGCCCUAGAAAUGGGAUAUUGGCUCCCAUUUAACCUCAACGAGCAGGACUUGUCUUUGUAUUUAUUGAACUUAUGUCACAGCUUUUCCCUUGCCUGGCCGACACCAGCCGUGGCACCCCCCCGGCUACGAGAGCCAACCUUGUAGAUGCCACGGUUCUGGCCUCAGCUCAGGCAUUACCGUGGCCCCUUUGCACACCCCAGUCCAGCCAGUGCCCCCCAGUAUUUCCUUUUCCAAAGCCAGGCUCCGGCCUCAGCCACUGCCGCGGCCUCGAGUGCCCAGAUUUUGAGUUCCCAGGAGGAGUUGUUCCGAGUCUCUUUGUAUAUUCCCACUGAGCACAUGGUGGAAUUUCCACGUUUCCGUAGGAUAAACAACUCCCACAGCGUCCGUGUCCCCAGAACACUCGCU